AUGUCGACAUCAAAUACUGACAAAAAUCAACUUGUACUUGGCUAUUGGACAAUGCGUGGAUUUGCUGAACCAAUUCGUCUGGCUUUACAUUAUUCUAACACACCUUAUACAGAAAAACUUUAUGAACAAGGUAAAGGUCUGGAAUUUAGUCGAGAAGAAUGGCUUAGGGAAAAACAAAACGUUGGUCUUGAUUUUCCAAAUUUACCAUAUUUAUUUGAUGGUGAUUUGAAGAUGACUCAAUCAAAAGCUAUUUUAUAUUAUAUUGGACGAAAAGCAAAUCUUAUGGGAAAGACUCCAACUGAAGAAGCUUAUGUAAUGAUGCUCUGUGAACAAGCUCAUGAUUUUCGACUGAAAACAUACGAGGUAUUCUAUGGUCAAGAAGGAACAACAAAAGAAAGAAGAAAAAACUUCGCUGACAAAGUUGUAUCUGAAGAGUUAAAAAAGUUUGAUGAUUAUUUUGGAAAGCAUAAGACUAAGUUUGCUGUUGGUGAUCAUCCAACUGUAGCUGAUUUUCAGUUGUAUGAGUAUAUCGAUGCUGGUUUAGCAAUCGAUGAAGAACAUACUCUAAUUGAAAAACUUCCUAACAUCAAACAAUUUAUGAAAACAGUUCGUGAAUUACCAAGUGUAGGAGAUUAUAUAACUAAAGCACAUGCUCAAUUACCACUCAAUGCUAAAAUGGCUCAAUUCGCUGGACAAGUACUUGAACAAAAAUAA